GCCAUACAACUUACCAUGAUCCUCCCCUCGUGUAUCUGGCACGGCGGUCUCCUUCUCCUUCUCCUGUCAAGCGACCUUGUGCAGGCUGACGUGAAGCCCUCCGCCCAGAGUGCGCCUGGCCAAUGCGACGUACGCACCAUCAACUACAUUACACACUCGCUGCCGUCGCUCUGCUUCAAGAGCUCAUGGACGGACUCAGUACCGACAUCGACCGCGUCGUCGGCCACGAGAAGCGAUGAUGAUGCUACACAGCAUGUCACGCGAUCCGCCGCAGAGGAGGAGCAGGCUUCCCCAUCCGCUACAACACCCACGGACACGUUGGCAAAGACGCCCGCAAGCGAUGCCUCGGCGACGCCGUUCAUGUCAUUCGAGGACUGGAAGGAGAUGAUGCUCAAGGAAACCGGGCAGGAUCCCCAAGACCUGCAUCUUCGGAACUCGAGCGGGCGCCAGAAAGGCGACAGGCCUUCUCCCGACGUGGAAGAGGCCUUGGGAGAGGAAGGGGAAAUAUCUCUGACGUUUGAUUACGGCGAGGGCGACGGCGUUCGAACCGGAACCUAUGCGGACUCUGCGAAUUCGAACAGCGCCGACGAUGCUGACGAGGCUUUGGUGCCCAAGGACGGCAAAGCACCCAUCCACCGCAGCAAAGACGCAGGCAAGACCUGCAAGGAACGCUUCUCGUACUCCUCGUUCGACGCAGGCGCUACCAUUCUCAAGGCAGGGCCGCAAGCCAAGAACGCGAAAGCGAUUUUGGUGGAAAACAAGGAUUCUUAUAUGCUCCUCGAAUGUGCUGCGCAAAACAAGUAUGUCAUCGUCGAGCUGAGCGACGACAUCCUCAUCGACACCAUCGUCAUUGCCAACUUUGAGUUCUUCUCAAGUAUGAUUCGUCAUUUCCGCGUCAGUGUCAGUGAUCGAUACCCCGUCAAGAUAGACAAAUGGAGAGAAAUUGGGAUAUUUGAAGCUGCGAACUCGCGCGACAUCCAGGCCUUUCUUGUACAGAACCCUCAGAUCUGGGCCAAAUAUGUCAGGAUUGAGUUCCUGACACACUACGGGAAUGAGUACUACUGUCCCGUGUCUCUGCUCCGGGUCCAUGGUUCGAGGAUGCUUGAUUCCUGGAAAGACAGUGAGACGGGCCGAGAAGAUGAGGCCCUCGAGGAGGAAGAGGAGCAGCAGGAGGAGGCAGAGGAGAUUGUUCCUAUUCCUACGACCACUCGACAGAGUAAAGACGGUGCCUUGGGUCCAGAUCCUGCGCCGUCAGAGCAUCUGAGGUCAAACGUGACGCAAGCUCGCGAUGCCUCUACUGCCCCGCCGGUGAAGCAGACGAACUCUACCAAACCCGCCGCUGAUACUGCGCAAACCGCGGCAGACGCCUCAGACGCCUCAGGUACAGCCGCAGGGACAGGAAAGCCCCGAAGCAGCGGGACCGCAAGCGCCUCCGCCGCCACGCCAACCGUCCAAGCAAGCUUCUUCAACUCCAUCACCAAGCGCCUGCAGCAGGUCGAAACCAAUCUCACCUUGUCGCUCAAGUACGUCGAGGACCAGUCGCGGUUCAUGCAGGAUGCCCUGCAGAAGACGGAGCAGAAGCAAGUAUCCAAGCUGACCCGCUUCUUGGGAGACCUCAAUCAUACCGUACUCGCCGAGAUGCGCAAUGUGCGCGAGCAGUAUGAGCAGAUAUGGCAGUCGACCGUGCUCGCCCUCGAAAGUCAGCGAGAGCAGUCCGAGCGCGACAUCGUAGCCUUGAGCACAAGGCUCAACCUGCUGGCCGACGAAGUUGUCUUCCAGAAGCGCAUGGCCAUCGUCCAGGCCAUCCUUCUGCUCUCCUGCCUCUUUCUCGUCAUCUUCUCCCGCGGAGUCCCCAUCCCUUACCUCGCGGCCCUGCAGGAACAAGCUGCCGGGUUCUCCUAUACCUCGCCGUCGCCGUAUUCCGGCCAUGGAUCGCAUGGCCUUUAUAAACCGGAUCCUGUCGUUCGACCAGAUGAGCAACCGUUGCCAAACAAUGUGCCAAGGGUCAAUGUCUCCUCCUUUGAAGCCGGGCCAAACGUACCAAGUAGACGAAUGGCGCACUCUUCACCAGGAACGACAGACUCCCACCAGACAAUCCAUGAAACAGGCUCAACGGAGCCUCCACGACGCCACUCCUCGCUUACCACAUCAAGCUCCUACAGUGACGGCAAGCUCUCAGAUAUUCACUACCUAGACCAAGAGUCACGAUUUCAUUCCCUUCACCAACCGACUGCCGCCCAUCUCACCUCGCCGCGAAAGCCUCUCCCUUCUCUUCCCGAACAUUCGGCGGCAACACAGGACUCUUAG